GCGUCACGUAACCUCCAGCCGCCGCAGCCGUUACCGUCGUCGUCGUCGUCAGUUGGCUCGAUCCAGUGUUUCCAACAUUCAAGUACAUCCUAGCUACUGUCAACAAACCCCGAAGAUAAACCCAACCAACCCCGAUAUCAUUUUGCGCACGAUAUCCGAUCGCACCUAACCACGAAAUAUUUCACCCUUUGAAUUAACCCGCCUGGUGUGGCCUGAGGGGCUAUACUCAACCACCGCGAUGGGCGCCCUCCUCUCCCUCCCGCUGAUGGCGGUUCCAAGCCUAGGCACACUCCUCUCCUUCGGCGCAAGCUGCUGCGGAGCAGCAACCUGCUCAAUGGUGUGCUCCGCCUGCGGAAAAUGCGGCAACUCGGUCGCAACCCGCAUAGCCUACGCCCUCAUCCUCCUCGUCAACUCGAUCCUCUCCUGGAUCAUGCUCACAAAAUGGGCCAUCGAGAAGCUCCAGCACCUCAUGCUCGACUACGUAAAGAUCAAAUGCGGCGAGGGCGACUGCUACGGCUGGCUAGCAGUCCACAGAAUCAACUUUGCGCUCGGCAUGUUCCACCUCGUCCUUGCCGGACUGAUGCUGGGGGUUCACUCCUCCAAGAACCCUCGCGCGGCGAUACAAAAUGGUUUCUGGGGUCCAAAGAUCAUUGCCUGGUUGGGGCUAAUCGUGUUGACUUUUUUCAUUCCGGAUACGUUUUUCCAAUUUUGGGGGAACUACGUCGCGCUGAUUUGCGCGAUGCUGUUUUUGAUGCUGGGGUUGAUUUUGCUGGUGGAUUUGGCGCAUAAUUGGGCAGAGUACUGUCUUGGGCAGAUUGAGGAGUCCGAGUCGAAGACCUGGAGGGUGGUUUUGAUUGGGUCGACGUUGGGGAUGUAUGUGGCUAGUUUGGCCAUGACGGUGGUGCAGUAUGUGUUUUUUGCCGGGUCGGGGUGUUCGAUGAACCAGGCGGCGAUUACGAUCAAUUUGCUACUCUGGCUGGCCAUCUCGGUCAUUUCGGUGCACCCGACUGUGCAGGAGUAUAACCCCAAGGCCGGGCUGGCUCAGGCGGCCAUGGUGGCGGUAUACUGCACCUAUUUGACCAUGUCGGCCGUGUCGAUGGAGCCGGACGAGACGGAGGAUAAGCAUUGUAAUCCGUUAAUUGCGGGGCAGGGGACGAGGACUACAACUGUGGUUAUUGGUGCUAUUGUUACGAUGUUGACGGUGGCGUAUACGACCACCAGGGCGGCGACGCAGUCUCUUGGUUUGGGGGGAAAAGGUGGGGGACAGAUUCGGCUGCCGGAGGAGGACGAGGUUGAUUAUGAGCACAGCCUCAUCACCACGCAACCGGAUAACUCGCGGCGUCAGAUGCGUGCCGAGGCGCUGAGACGGGCGGUGGAGGAGGGGUCCCUUCCGGCGGAUGCGCUCUUGUCGGAUGAUGAUGAUGAUCAUGUCCAUGGGCACUCACCCAAUGGCGGGACGAUGGACGAUGAACGGACGAGCACGCAGUACAGUUAUGCCAUGUUUCACGUCAUUUUCUUUUUGGCGACGGCGUGGGUGGCGACGUUGCUGACGAGCGAUUGGGAUGAUGGGAAGGUGGCGGAUGGGGGGGAUUUUGCUACGGUGGGGAGGACGCUGUGGGCGAGCUGGGUCAAGAUUGUGAGCGGGUGGGUUUGUUAUGGGAUGUAUACUUGGACGCUCGUGGCGCCGAUUGUGCUGCCGGGGAGGUUUGAGUUUGAGUAGGUAGGGGGAAGAUGAGGGCUGAGAUUGGGAAGAGAGGAGGGUGCCGAGAGGGAAGGGGUCAGGGAGAGUGUAUUGCAUAGGACAGCAGAGCUACUACGGCUGCAGAUUCUGGGGUUUUUUGGGCGUUUUGGAGUUUUUGGGCAAGUGUUUUGGUAGCAAGCAAGGGUGUGGUUGUUCUUGUUUGUGGUGAAUAUAUGGAUAGGACCGAGACCAUUCCCUCUAUGGCCAACUGCUCCUUAUGUUGAAUGAAGAAAGUGUGAAUAUCUCUCAAUAGAGACGCGGUGUCGGUCGUGGAAGAUCACUGUUCUUCAGCCUCAUAUAGCUCAGGACCUUAUGUACCAUCCGGCUCUCAAAGUCUUGAUUCAACCUUA